AACUUCAAAGUUCCACGUGCAAUAUCAAACAAACAAGAUGACCAAGAAGAAAAAAUCUGUAAAUCAAAAAACUGUCUCAUUUCGUAAAGUGGAAAGUUCAUUCCUCAAGUCAAUACAGAAAGCUAAGAAAAAAGAUUCAAAAAAUCUUCAACUAGAUCAAUCUGGGAAUAUAGAUUUACUAGACUCUCAUGAAGAUGUAAAUGAUUUGUACAAGACAAUAAUUCAAGAAUUUUCUGUUAUUAGAAAAUCAGAUGGUUUAAUCACUGGUACAAAUGAAGUUUUAAGGCUCCUUGAAAAGCAAAAAUUAAUUGCUGUAUUCAUGUUGAAAGACAAAGUCAGUCCUUCAAUUAAAAAUAGCAUUUGUCAUCUAUGCCGUGAAAUUGGCAUAUGUUACAUUUGGCUGGAAGAAAAAGACAAGCAUAUACUUGGUCCAGAAUUUCCCAAAUCUAUUAUGUAUGGCAUUAAGGAUGAAUCUUCAGCUACUCUUGAAAAUUUACGAAAGCUUCUUCUAAAACUUUCAACAAAAAGAAAGUUAAAAAGUAGUAAAAAAGAUGCUGCUUCAUUCAUCGAUAUUUCUUCUAAUGAAAUGGAACUUUCAUCCACAGAAAGAACAACGAACCAAGAAGUUUUGAAUACUUCUACAUUUUAUCAUAUACAUGAAGGUCAUGUUUCAAAGAAAUCAAAUCAAGAAGUAACUGGAUUUUUAUCCCUAAAUAAAUUUUCCAGUGACGAAAAGGAAACAGACUUCCUCGAUUAUGAUUCUGUUGCUUGUUCUGGACUUUUAUCUAUAAAAUAAGAACUGUUUCAUUGUAGUGUUUUUAUUUUUUAUAUAUUGUACAGAAAUAAAACAUUUCUAAUUUUUUUAA